AUGGAUAGAAACAGUACUUACUCUCCAGUCACAUGGCCACCAAAGUUUUGGGAGCAGAUAACAAUAGCCUUCACAGUGUCCAUGGUGGUUGGACUGGUGACUGGAGGGAUCAUCUGGGCAUUGUUCACUUGCUUGUCCCGUCGCAGAGCUAGCGCCCACAUUUCCCAAGGGAGCUCCUCAGCCUUCAGCCGUCGGUCACGACCCUCCUCCCAUGGCCACACUACCGGCAGGACUGGAUUUUACCGCAACAGCAGCUGCGAACGUCGGAGCAACCUCAGCUUGGCCAGCCUCACCUUCCAGCGGCAAGCCUCCUUGGAGCAAGCCAACUCUUUCCCCAGGAAGUCAAGCUUCCGCGCGUCCACCUUCCACCCUUUCCUGCAGUGUCCUCCCCUCCCUGUGGAGACGAACAGUCAGCUGAUCACCCUCACUCCCACAAAUACCACCACAACCCUUGUGGGAAGCACCACCAACAGCUUAAGCCGACCUGAAUUCCACUGGUCUAACAACAGCCUCCGCAUCUGCCACUCCACACAAACCCCCCCUCCUGCCUAUGAAACCAUCAUAAAAGCUUUCCCAGACUCCUGA